AUGGCGUUGUUCGACCAUUUCCUUUCAAUUAAGAGAAAACUGUACACCGAAUCCCACGAAGCGGAAUGUCGAAAAAGGUCUUGUCAGAUAAAUUCAGAGCAAGUGCGAUUGCUACUGUUCAAAGAGUGUGAUUGGAGAGGAAGGAAACUACUUUUUGACUCAUCGACUAUAGAAAAAGUACCAGUCAGCAAACAUGAUAAGCCUAAAGUACAACAAACAGAUCACUUUCCAUACACUGUGGAGAUAUCCGAGGGAUACACAUAUUUGUACAAGGGACCAGCGGCAGAUGCGAGCGUUCUCGGUGAGAUGAUAUUCGGUGCGGUCGCCAUCAACUACAGAAAUGUUUCACUCAAAAUCCAUAUAAUGGACAAGCCUCGGAGGUUGAUGUGCACAAAAGUUUUCUGUGUGCCGACAUCGCGUAAGAUCAGUCGCGUGGAAAGGAAGAACAGCGAGGUGAACAGCCGGAGCAGCGGCAACCUGAGAGAUGUCUCCACUCCGUUGAGUGUGCCCUCGCUCAGGGAGGAAGGAGUGUCGUUGAGCUUCUCAUUGAAUAGGGGAGAUUCUGGUUAUUGCGGAGAUAUCUCACCAUACAGCAGCGUCGGGUCAACACACGACUACUUUUCCAUGUUUGAUAUAUGGGAUGGGAAAAAAUCGCAAGAUGAUGUCUAUUCUUUUCAUUCACCACCCGGCCGCAAGCUUAGCACAUCAAGCAAUGGCAGUUGGCAACGUAGAACGUUCCAGAACAUGACCACCAGGUUUGACUUUGGGCAGAGUUCUAAUUUGCUCAACGUCCCAACUGCUGCAAGCAAUAAGGAUUCGCAAGUGUCCAGCGGGAGUUCCACCAGCGGUACCACGGAUAGUUUGCUGAGCACAACUUCGGUGCCCCAGAAGAAGAACAAGCUGGGUCUCGCGCUUCUGUUUACGGUCAGCGAUAACAUUGAGAUGGACGUGGUUCGUAGAUGUGUGGAGCAUUCGCCGCAACUGCAGGCGUUAGUCUGUAGGCUACGGUUGGCAACCCUGAACGCUGGCAGCGGCAAUGGGUUCGUCUCUACGUUGUAUAGGGCUGCUUCGGACGCUGCUAAAUGGCUAUCAGAUCUGGUAUACGGUCCGCGCUUGCAGCCAGUGUGGCUCAACAUCGCUACCGGAGACAUCCGAGUGGCCAACAAUGCAGCAGACAAGCUUCUAAACGAUCUCUGCAACGUGCUGUCUGUGGGAGACACAAAGCAUACCAACUUUUUCAUCAGUACUCUGCUUACGCACAUGCUCACGUACCAUCUGGGAUGGGUGUCCACUGUCAGCCCGUACGAUUCCGUCGACCCUCAAAAGCGCACAGAACUUGCCGCAGAGACUCAAAGACCAUAUAACGCACUAUGGGCCCAACUCUCCGAUCUGUGUGGUUGCAUCGGCUUCCCACCUCGUGCUGCAAAAACCAUCAUCAGUGGCAACACUAACGCGAAUUUCAUCAACAGGCUCCUCCUUGUACUAACCUACUUCGUGCGAUGUGGUAACAUCAAGAGAAGCGACUUCCAAUACCAAGAAUGCGACCUCACCAAAACCAGAGUAGUGAGUCUAAACUCCGAAGUCGACGCUAUAAAAAGAAUAGAAACAAACCCGAAGAAACUCGUCGAGUUUGCCUCCAAAGAUGCACUGAAGUUGCACCCAGUUAAUACUCAAAUUAGUGAUAGUAGUGUUAGUACUCUAGCGGCCAGUGAAGUCAGUAUUAAGAGGUCGUCGACUCUCGCAAACCUCAGCCAACAGCUCUCUAAUAGUUCGGAAUUCACACCGAAAGAACCGGAAUCGGAAGUAGAAACUAGUUCGAAAUGUGAAAAGCCGAUGACUAGCCAGCUGAAGAGGACUCCCACCGUUAUGAUGUCUUUGAAAUCAUCAUCCGACUCUAGUCUUUAUUCAUCAGUGUCGGAGGAGUUCGAGUCAGAACAGAAAGUAGUGUUCGUUUUAGGUGAUGAUGAAAAGUUGGUGGGGUUAAAGAACAAAUCUAUCGAUGGGAAAAGCGUCAAGAAAUCCAUCAAACAGCAAAGUGAGACGAAACACUCUCAGACUAAAGAAAUAUGUGCCAAAGAUGAUUGUGAUCGCGAGAAGAGCUCCGAAAGCCCCUCCAAGUGUUGCGGGCAAACGCUUCAACAUUCCAAACCUAUAAAACAUUCCGGUUUUAAGUUCGAAUUCGAUAAGUAUCCUCAGAUAGUCACUAAUUAUAUGAAGAGCAAAAAUUUAGAGAUACUAGAUAGGCAUUACAUCGGUAAACCGGGGAAUUUAAAGUUGGGCAAUUUCCAGUUUGACCCGACUAUAGUGCCUCCAAUACAGGAGGAGAAAUGCGAGACUUGUUACAAAUGCCAACUUAUGGAGUCGAUGCUGCAGACUCCUACUAACGCCUCUGAAAUGGAAUACAUGAACGAUAUGCCGCCACGAGAGCCACAAUAUGCUAAAGAGACAAUAGUUCAAAGUGUUGAGAGUAGCAGAGAGACGACGCCGAAAACGUUUGUGAGGAAGCGAAAGGAGAAUACGUUCGUUGUGAAUGUUAGAAGAGAGUUUGCGAAUAAUAACACACAACCAGAAGAGAAAUGUGUUAGAGAGAGAGAGAAAGUGAUGAGUGUGAAACAAGUGAUUCAGAUUCCCGCGCCGCAACUUGAUCUUCAGCCAGAGUCGGAGAAAACCUCGUCGGGUUUCGACGCCUCAUUGCUCGGUGGAAUCACGGACCAUUAUGUACCUGAUUUAAUUUUACAAGGAACAAUAUCCAAAACGAACGUAUGGGAGUCAGAGCUCCGAAGAGAUUUAGAGCUUACCUCGUAUUUGAACAAAGCUCUGGAUCCGCCUAUACAAGCUGUCGCCAUCGUCGGGGACACUAACAACUGGGAAGUGAGAGUUUUAGGUCGAGAAUCAGCAGGGGGAAUGUCUUCCCUAGUAGGGGGGAUGCUAGACGCGGUGCCUGCCAUGAGGAGAGCUAAGGUGCCCGCUCAUCAGUGUUUAUCUUACUUAGAGGGUAAGUUGCGGGAGUUCUGCGUUCUGUCGAAGACCUUAGCCGAUAUGUUGAUGUCAACGGAUUUCUGCGACAUAGCCACUUUAACAAAAUCUCUCAAUAUCGACGUAAAUGACGUACCGCUUCUGCUAGCUAUCGCUACUACUCAUACUCCACAAGUAGCCACAAGAUACGGCAUCAGCUACAGAUAG